AAUGAUGAUAAUGAUUAAUCAAACAAAACACAUAAUCAAUCUAAUCACAAUCGUAAUCCAUUGUCAUUAUCAUUAUUAUCAUUGUUGCAUAAGGUUAAUGAAAUUUUAUGUAAAUUGAUUUGUUUAAAAAUGUGUAAUGAAACAAAUGAUAAGAUUCGAUCAUCAUCACCAUCUUCUUUGAUGACAAUAAUGACAGCAAAAUCAAAUAAUAUAACAUUAUCAUUAUGUUUAUUCAUUUCCAUCAUAAUAUUUUCCUUUGGUAUUGCACAUGGGGAAAUAUGUCGUCAAAUAUUACCAAAUUCAUCAAAAAUAGAAGUAUUUGAAUGUCCACGUUUAUUUGAAUCCCGUAUUAAAUCGUGGUGUUGUCAAUCAAAUACAUUACAUCCAACUUGUUGUCCAUGGAAUGAACGUAUGCGUGAAGCUGAACCACAACGUUUAACAUUAUCAACAAUUAUUGUUAAUCUGUUAUGGAUUAUAUUUACAUGCAUUAUAAUAUUAUUUAUAUUAUAUUGUUGUUGUAUACAUAACAAAAAUCGUAAAUUUAAUCAACAACAACAACAACAAAAUAUUGAUUAUUGUCCUCAUCAUCUUCAUCAAUCACAUCAUCCGGAUCCAAGUUGUCCACCAGUUUCAUCAUUACAUAAUCAAAAUAAUAAUGUUAAUAAUGAUCAAACGAUACCGAUUCUGGACCCACCACCACCAUAUGAAUCAAUUGUCAAUAAUAAUAAUAAUAGCAGCAGCAGCAAUAACAACAACGAAUCUGCUGCUACGAUACCAUCAUCAACAUUUUUAACCAUUAAUACGAAUGUACCAUUUCAACAACAAUCAUCAAUUAUUGAUGAUAAUGGCCAAACAACAACAGCAACUAUUCAGGAACAUAAUCGACAAUCACCAUAUAAUCCUGAAUUUUUUAAAUAAAACUAAUAAACAUGAUACUCAUUCUUUUUUUCCCCAAUACAUUCCCUGCCAAAUAUUUUUGUCCCAUUCUUUUCUCUCGUCAGAAUCGAUCAUUUUUUUCAUUUAACUCAUCUUUUUUUUGCUUUAUUUUUUUUGAAAUUUCCCACCAUGAUUGGUAUGUUUAUAAAGAUGG